CUUUGCUUCGGUAUUCUCUUGAAGACGGCGUUUCUUUCUCAUCAAUCCGCUUCUCGUUCUCUCGUUUCUUGUUUGUUAAUAUAUAUCGGCUUCUCAGAUUCUGUCGUUUCUUGUUUGUUUAUUUUUUUUAUAUCAAUAGUUUUGAUAGGAAAGCAAAGCCUAAGACAGAGACAAUGAUAACAUGCUCAAGGAGUGGAAAAUGCUGGGAAUGGGCGAGAGUUUAUCUAAACUAUUGUAUAUGCAGCGGAAGAGAUCAAUUGUCGUUUAGUUUGGGAUUGAUCAGCGUAAUAAGUUGGGGUAUGGCUGAGAUUCCGCAAAUUAUCACCAACUAUAAGGAAAAAUCCGUUCAAGGACUGUCAGUCGGUUUCUUGAUCACUUGGAUUGUUGGAGAUCUUUUCAAUCUUUUCGGUUGUAUUCUUGAACCGGCUACUCUUCGAACGCAAUACUAUAUGGCAGUUUUGUAUACAAUGACUACCUUAAUUCUUGCGGCACAGACUAUAUACUAUGGUCACAUUUAUCCUCGAUUAAAGUACAGUAGAGUGUGCGACAAGGGUUCCCAAGAGUACCAAACUGAGGCAAAACAAAAUGCUGGAAAAUGCAUUAGCAAUUUUGGCGUGAAACAAGCUAUCAAUUCUGACAAAUUAAGUUCUCCUAUUCCUCUUCCAGCGAUUAAUGUAAAGAGUUCUCCAGGCAGAGAAUUAUACUACAUGUCAGCAAGAUCUUUAUCAAGAAGUCAUACGUCCACAGCAGGAUCCUUCCUUGCACAAAGAAUGACUCCUCCUUCUCUUCAUACAGGAAAUUUAGUUAAAGAGCCAUUGCUCGGUGCACAUGUUUCAACACAAUCUACUCCUUCAAGCACCAAAUCAUUGCUAUGCUUGGUGUCUGCAUUAAUAUUCAUUAGCUCAUUUAAUUUCCACCUCUCAGCAUUGAGUAAACUUCACAUAGGACAUGAUAUAAUAAAUCAAGGAUUCGUGAUACAAAUAGGAAGAAAGCUCCUCCAGGUAAAUGUUAUGCCAUUAGGAGAAAGUGGUAUUGAAGGAGGCAGCAGGGUUGGAACUUUUCUUGGUUGGGCAAUGGCAGCUAUUUACAUCGGUGGACGCCUUCCCCAAAUUUGCUUAAAUAUUAGAAGAGGCAAUGUAGAGGGUCUUAACCCUUUUAUGUUUAUCUUUGCUUUGGUUGGAAACUCCACAUAUGUUGCAAGCAUACUUGUCAACAGCAUCGAUUGGUUAAGAAUCAGACCAAAUUUACCAUGGCUGGUGGAUGCAGGAGGAUGCGUGCUGCUUGAUACUUUUAUAUUGGUUCAGUUCAUUUACUUCUGCAAUUGGGCACCUCAAGAUGCAGAGGAUAAGCAUGAAAACUUAGAUGCAUCUUAAAUGAUGGCAAAAUAGCCUUUUGUUGAAGGGGAAUCUUCUGCAAUUGGAAUAAAAUUCUGAAGAUGUUUUGGUGGAGAUGUAGGAUAUGUAGAUGACAAGUCUUAUUUCUUUUGGAUGAGCAAUGACAAGUUUCCUAAGUAGCAGCAUUUUUUGAAGUAUCAAGCAAACUUGGUAUUCAUGUGAAUUUGGGGCCAAGUCUUGUCUGAUUAAACAGUGCUAAAUCUUGGAUUUGUAGUUAGUGAAGAGGGAUGAUAUUUGUGUUUGAUGUGUAUGUUUCAGGCAAAAUUUCUUUUGCAUCUGUUGCUGCAUGUUUGCCUUUCUUGACUGUCUUUACUCUGCUUUCAAUUUUCUCCUAGUUGAUCAAGGAUUCCAACUUUAGUUAUCUUUCAUAUCUCUUCCAUGUUUCCUUUGUAAGCGAUACCAACUUCAGCUGUUUUAUUCUUGUGGGCAGUUGCAUUAAAUACGUGAUAAGUAUGGGUUGUUUUGUGGAAAUCCUUUGGUAGCCUGGAUACUUGUUUCCUCUGUGAGGCAACAUAGCUGACAUUGAAUGAUGAAGUUGGCUGUUUCUGGGGAAUGGUUGCAAAUUGUAUUGAGUGUUUUUCAAAAUGAAUUGUUGUUUACUUGUUUAUGCUUAAAGGUGCUUGACAAAACGCCUAGGAUGGGCUGUCAUCUUGUCACCAAAUUGUUUUAACCUUAUUCGACUUGGAUUAGUUAAUCAUUUGUAAGGUACGGCCCACCAGAAUUGGAGUUGUGGCCCUUUCUGGUUGGUUAAUUUUGGCUAUGCUUUGGGAUUCUUGUUGAAGCUUGUAUUUGAAUUUCAUUCUAUAUGGUCUAUGGGUAGAAUGUUAAAUUU